GUAUAUGAUGAGAAGGAUUAUAGAAGAGUUAGAUUUGUUGGACGACAAAAGGAGGUGAACGAGAAUUUUGCAAUUGAUUUGAUAGCAGAGCAGCCUGUGAGUGAAGUUGAAAGCAGAGUGAUAUCAUGCGAUGGUGGUGGUGGAGCUUUGGGUCAUCCUAAAGUAUAUAUAAACUUGGACAAAGAUACAAAGACCGGAACAUGUGGCUACUGUGGACUUCAGUUUAAACAGAAACAUCACUGA